CAGCAUGGCCGUGAUUACCAGUGGCACUGGGCCUUACGCCUCAGGUGCUGGCUAUAUUUAGGGUCACUGAAAGGUCAUGUCACCUCAGAUGCAUAACCCUAUUAGACGCAUACGUUCUGCUCUGUGGCCAACAUCGUGUGACACUCCGGUGAGGAGUUGGAUGUUGCUGCCUGCGCUCUUGGGGAUCCAGAGGUAACCUCUCCUGUGUUUAAAGGGCAUCCCAAAAAAGCACCGCCAACAUGUUCCGUGGCAAACAGACCCGAGUGCUUCUCCUGAAUGACAUGGAGAGACUGGAGCGCACUCUAUUUCGCCUGGAGCAAGGCUUUGAGCUUCAGUUGCGCCUGGGCCCGACCCUGCAGGGUAAGAGUGUGCAUGUCCACAUCAACUACCCAGCACCGGGCAAGAAGUUCGUCAGCUCCAGCUUCCAUCAGCUGGAGUGGGUGAACCCCAGCGGCAGAGAGGAUGAUUCAGACAAAUACUGCAAACUGGACCUGGAGAUAGCAGGCUCUUAUCAGUAUUACUUUGGGUGCGGGAAUGAGGAAAGAACCGGAGGUGGCUACAUUGUUGUGGAUCCAGUGUUGCGUAUUGGUCAUGAGAGGAAGAUCCUGCCUCUCGAUUGCAUUACAGUUCAGACUUACCUUGCUAAGUGUUUGGGCCCUCUGGAUGAAUGGCUGGACAGACUCAGAGUGGCCAAGGAAACUGGUUACAAUAUGAUCCACUUCACGCCUCUGCAGAAACUAGGCGCAUCACGAUCAUGCUACUCCAUAGCUGAUCAGCUGGAGCUGAACCCUGAUUUCUCCUCACCUGGCAAGAACUACACUUGGAUGGAUGUGGGCAACCUGACGGAGAAACUUAAGAAAGAGUGGAGCAUGCUUUGCAUCACAGAUGUGGUGUACAACCACACAGCUGCCAACAGUAAGUGGAUCCGACUCCAUCCAGAGUGUGGCUAUAACCUGGUAAACUCUCCUUAUCUGAAGCCAGCCUGGCUGCUGGACAGAGCCCUGUGGCAUUUCAGCUGUGCCGUAGCAGAUGGGAAAUACAGCGACAGUGGCCUUCCACCUCUUAUUGAGAAUGACAAAGGCAUAACUAUCCUUCAAGGGCUUCUGUGGACAGAAGUUUUCUCCCAACUGAAACUAUGGGAGUUUCUACAGGUAAACGUUGAGAAAAACGUGGAGCAGUUUAGGAAGGUUCUUCAGGCUGGUAACAGACCUGCGGGGCCUGAGCUGGAGGGAAAGCCCAAAUUGAAAGUCAUCCAGGAUUCACAGUACAGACGCUUCAGCAACACUGUAGACAUGCAGCUGGCCCUGGAGAUGUUUGGCAGACACACUAACGGUCCCAAAUCCAUCCAAGAGUGCUGUGAUUGGUUUAAGAUGAGUCUAGAAGAACUAAAUGCGGAAUGCUAUAAGGAAAUGCAUAGUCAUCAUGAGAAGGCUAUAAACUGCAUAGUGGAAACGGUUUGUUAUGAAAGACUCGCCUCCCACGGCCCUCAACUUGGACCUGUCACCCGGACAAACCCUUUGGUGACUAGAUAUUUUACCUUCCCAUUUGAGGACAUGACCAUGGAGCAGGAAAACCAGCUGAUGCAGAAUCCAAAUGAUGCUUGUCAUCUGCUCGCCCAUAAUGGAUGGGUUAUGGCAGAUGACCCGCUUAGAAACUUUGCAGAGCCAGGCUGUAAUGUUUACCUCAGAAGAGAGCUUGUUUGCUGGGGUGACAGCGUGAAACUUCGCUAUGGCGACAAACCAGAGGACUGUCCGUACUUAUGGGCUCACAUGAAGAAGUACACGGAGAUCACAGCCAAACAUUUCUCCGGUGUACGUCUGGAUAACUGCCACUCCACACCCCUUCAUGUGGCUGAGGCCAUGUUAGCUGCAGCCAGAGUGGUCAGGCCCAAUCUUUAUGUGAUAGCCGAACUCUUUACAGGAAGUGAACAGUUUGACAAUUUGUUUGUUAAUCGGCUGGGAAUAACCAGUCUCGUCAGAGAGGCCAUGAGUGCCGGGGACAGCCAUGAGGAAGGUCGACUCGUUUAUCGUUUUGGAGGGGAGCCUGUAGGUUCAUUCGUACAGCCAAACCUCAGGCCUUUAGUGCCAUCAGUUGCUCACGCCAUGUUUUUGGAUGUUACCAACGACAACGAAUGUCCCAUUCUGGUUCGUUCAGUGUUUGAUGCUUUAGCCAGUACUGCUAUCGUCUCUAUGGCCUGCUGUGCCUCAGGCAGCACUAGAGGAUAUGAUGAGCUCGUACCUCAACAGAUUUCAGUAGUAAAGGAAGAGCGUUUGUACCCCAAGUGGAAUCCUGAUGCACUGCCCUCUUCUGUUGAGGUGAACCUCCAGACUGGUAUAAUGGCAGGAAAACUUGCCCUCAACAAACUCCACCAAGAGCUGGCAGAGAAGGGCUUCACCCAGGUUUACGUGGAUCAGCUGGAUGAAGACACUGUGGCUGUGACCAGGCAUUGUCCCAGCACACAUCAGUCUGUUUUGACUGUGUCUCGUACGGCCUUUAAAAACCUAGAAACACACCAAUACAGAGCGCAUCUAGCCCCCAUGUACAUCCCAGGUAAAAUCGAGGAGGUGAUUUUAGAAGCGCAUACAGUGGAGAGAAAAGCUGAGUCAUAUGUGAAAGAUGAGAGGUUUAUUAACGGCAUGCCGAACUACACGGUUGAGAUCCGCGAACACAUCCAGUUAAAGGACAGUGAAAUUGUAAAACAGGGAGAUGCCAUCACAGAGGGCCGCAGUGAGUUUGUUGAGGAGAUUUUUUUUGAAAAGCUCACACCCGGUAGUGUAAUUACAUUCAGGGUGAGUCUCGAUCCAAACUCUCAGAAAAUGGUCGGCUACUUGCGAACUCAACUCUCACAGUUUAACCGGCUGUAUAAAUCCGGCAGUCUGAUUGACAGCAAUGUGCCUGGCAUCCUGAAAAUAGCUCUAGACUUUUUAAUGUCCAAACUGACUCUGGCAGAGAUGAACGUGUUGUUAUUCCUCUGUGAUGCGGAGGAGCAAGAAGAUGGUGGCGGCUGCUACAAUAUACCAUCCUGGAUGCCGCUGAAGUAUGGAGGCCUACAAGGUUUUGUGUCAGUGUUGUCUGAGAUUCGGCCCAAAAAUGACCUUGGACAUCCAUUCUGUGACAAUCUCAGACAAGGUGAUUGGAUGAUCGAUUACGUGAGCUCUCGCCUGAUGAAUAAGGGUGGAGCUCUGCGGGAGGUUGGAAAGUGGUUCAGCGCUGUUUUUAUAUACCUCAAACAUAUUCCACGCUAUUUAGUGCCAUGUUAUUUUGAUGCAAUUAUUGUCGGGGCGUACGCCACAGCUGUAGAUGCUGUUUUCAACCAAAUGUCCAGCUUUGUUCAGAACGGGUCGACCCUGGUUAAGCAGCUGGCCCUGGGGUCAGUUCAGAUGUGUGGGGUGGGUCGUAUCCCUGCCCUGCCGCCCCUCUCCCCUGAACUGGAGGAUGUCCCGGUCCGACUCAACAGUGUGACCAAACAAGAGGAGCAGUGUUGCAUUUCUCUUGCUGCAGGUCUGCCACAUUUCUCCACUGGAAUCUUCCGCUGUUGGGGGCGAGACACUUUCAUAGCGCUGCGCGGCCUCAUGCUUUUGACAGGGAGGUACCUGGAGGCCAGAAAUAUCAUCUUGGCCUUUGCUGGCACAAUGCGCCAUGGUCUGAUCCCUAAUCUGCUGGGUCAGGGUGUCACAGCCCGUUAUAACUGCCGUGAUGCAGUAUGGUGGUGGCUUCAGUGUAUCCAGGACUACUGUAAUGUCGUGCCCAAUGGCACAGAUAUUCUUAUGUGCCCUGUGUCACGUAUGUAUCCCACUGAUGACUCUGAGGCACAGCCCCUGGGGACAGUGGUUCACGACCAGCCGUUAUAUGUGGUUAUUCAAGAGGCUAUGCAGCGUCAUAUGCAGGGAGUAGAGUUCAGAGAGAGAAACGCAGGUCCACAGAUCGACCACAACAUGCGAGAUGAAGGCUUUAACGUGGAGGCCAAAGUAAAUCCCGAGACGGGAUUUGUUUACGGUGGAAAUCGCUUCAACUGUGGGACGUGGAUGGAUAAAAUGGGAGAGAGUGACAAAGCCCAUAAUAGAGGUGUUCCAGCCACACCCAGGGACGGCUCUGUGGUGGAGAUUGUGGGUCUCUGUAAGUCAGCGGUGCGCUGGCUGAUGACGAUGAAUGAGAAUGGAAAUUUCCCAUACUCCUCUGUCACAAUACACAGAGAUGGAACAGAACAGUCGGUGUCCUAUAAAGAGUGGAAUCAAAGGAUCCAGGAGAAUUUUGAAAGGUUUUUCUAUGUGUCAGAUGACCCUGCAGACCCAAAUGAGCAACAUCCUGAACUGGUCCACAAGAAAUGCAUUUACAAAGACAGUUACGGGGCCUCUAGCCUCUGGUGUGACUACCAGCUCAGGCCUAACUUCACCAUCGCCAUGGUGGUGGCACCAGAGUUGUUUACAGUGCAGAGAGCAUGGGAGGCUUUAGAGAUUGUAGAAAAGAAACUGCUCGGUCCUCUGGGAAUGAAAACGCUGGAUCCAGAUGAUCUGGUGUACUGCGGCAUUUAUGACAACGCCCUGGAUAAUGACAACUACAACUGUGCGAAAGGAUUCAACUAUCACCAAGGACCUGAAUGGUUGUGGCCAGUUGGAUACUUCUUACGAGCCAAGCUUUAUUUCGCUAAGAAAAUGGGCCAGGAGAAGUACAACGAAAGCGUGUACCUCGUCAAGAAUGUUCUGUCUAGAAUUUAUACCCAUUUAGAAAGAUCACCUUGGAAGGGUUUACCUGAGCUGACCAAUGAAAAUGGACAGUACUGCCCGUUCAGUUGUGAAACACAGGCUUGGUCCAUCGCCACUUUUCUGGAGGCCCUAUAUGAUUUAUGAUAAUGUCAAGGACAAGCUCUCAUAUACUUCUUGCCACCUUCCUGAGGAGUUCAGGGGACAUUGUUUUACAUUCACAGCUUUGUUGUGAACUUUGUGCCAACUCACUUUU